UAGCAUCUUAUUUCCACAUUACUCUUGGUGCUCAGCCCUUUCAGAAGUUGUCUGUGAGUUCGGAUCCAAGGUGUGACGAGCCAUGGCGACCACGAUCCUGCAGCCUCCCGUGCCGCUGAUGGUGCUCUGCCGCUGGUACCUGUACGCCAUCCACGGCUACUUCUGCAAGGUGGUGUUCACGGCGGCGUGGGAGUUCGCCGUGCACUCCGAGUGGAAGUUCCCGGGCGUGACGAGCCUGUGGACGCUCUUCGUCUACGGCACGUGCAUCCUGGCGGUGGAGCGCAUGUACCUGUACCUGCGCGGGCAAUGCCACGUGUUGGUGCGCUGCCUCAUCUACACGCUGUGGACGUACAUGUGGGAGCUGAGCACGGGGCUGCUGCUGCGCCAGUUCCACGCCUGCCCCUGGGACUACUCCGCCUUCCGCUACAACUUCCUGGGCCUGAUCACGGCCGAGUACGCGCUGCCGUGCUUCUGCGCCUCCUUCGUGGUGGAGCGCCUGCUCAUCCGCAACACGCUGCGCCUGCGCUACCAUCAGGGCAACGACGACGGCUUCGGGCGGAGCUACUUCAGCGGCUUGAUGUCCAGCAAUAACAGCUUCCUCAAAUGGGAGUGAAGACUCCUGCAGGGGGCGGGGACUACCUGGCGACAUCGACGCAAACCCCGCCCCCCUCACGUUUACUGCAUGAAGUGAAGUGAAUUAUAUUUAUAUAGCGCUUUUCUCUAGUGACUCAAAGCACUUGCACAUAUUUACUCUUUUUUUUUACUCACCUCAAAGCCUGAAAGUGU